AUGGCGAAUGAGAAUUCAUUCACACGACGGAUAUCUUUACCUUUGCCACAUCAACGAAAUGAUCCUCCGAAUGCACCGAUGAUCAAUCGCAGUCAAGUACGAAUUACUCUAACAGAACAUCAACGACAGCGCGAUCAAGAGACCGCAACAGCGGAAGAGCGGGAAAAGCAAUUGAAUCAACAACGUCGUUCAUUGAUGGCAGCUACUGAAGAAGUAGAACAUCUGCAUAGAAUUGAUUCCUCCACCGGUAAACAUCAGUUCCUCUGUAACGUUUCAAGUAAAAAGGUCUUUGAACCGCAAAAAUCAAUCCAAAAAUAA